AUGUAAAAGUUGUUUCGGAGGAAUGCUAUUGAUACAAAGUAGAAAUAGUUUGGAGUAAAGGACGUUUUGUACGGUGUGGGAUUGGUUGCUAAUCUUGCAAUGUCAAAACAGGUUGUGAGUUAUGCCAAGGUCAGUCCUAAAACUGAGGAUGGGUUACUGUUAAACUGA